AUGAUUUCUGCUACGACAUGGGUCCCUAGAGGGUUUGCCUCUGAGUUUCCUGAGAAAUACGAGUUGGAUGAUGAAGAGAUGGAGAGAAUUAACCAGCUGGCUCAGUUGAACUUGGAAGAUGCCCGUGCAGAUUUGCAAGAAGCUGAGGAAGAGGAAGUCAAUACUGAUAAAUUGAACGAUGAAUUGGCUUUGGAUGAUGAUCUGAAAGAAUAUGAUUUGGAGAAUUAUGAUGCCGAUGAGCAGGAAGGUGGUGCAGAAGUAUCAAUGUUCCCAGGUCUUUCGAAUGAAGAUGUUACUUUUCAUGAAGGCGAGGACGGGAAGGAUCCUUAUAUUUCGUUGCCUACCCAAGAGGAAACUGCAGAGGAUAGACAGGAAUUGCAAGUGUACCCAACAGAUAAUAUGAUUCUAGCUACGAGAACGGAAGAUGAUGUUUCGUAUUUGGACGUUUAUGUCUAUGAUGAUGGUGCUGGGUUCCAUGAUAACAGUAUUCCAGUAGAGCAAGGCGAUGAAGCGGACCCUGACGUGAAACGUGGUCUAGUGCGUGAUAGUGCGUUGUAUGUGCAUCACGAUUUGAUGUUGCCUGCAUUCCCACUAUGUGUGGAAUGGUUGAACUACAAACCAGGAUCAAACUCUGAAGAUCCAGCAAAUUUCGCAGCUAUUGGUUCAUUUGACCCACAGAUCGAGAUUUGGAACUUGAAUUGCGUCGAGAAGGCCUUCCCAGAUGUGAUCCUUGGUGAACCAGAGGAUCAAACUGCACCAACAAAGAAGAAGAAGAAAUCCAAGGGUGGUAAGAAGCAUAUAACGACUCACCACACAGACGCUGUGCUGUCCUUAACACACAACAAGCAGUUCCGUAGUGUGCUAGCCUCUACGUCUGCAGAUCAUACUGUUAAACUAUGGGACUUGAAUAGCGCUACAGCUGCACGUUCGAUGGCUUCGAUCCAUAGCGGCAAAAACGUUUCGUCGUCGGAAUGGCAUACUACCAAUGGUUCUGUGUUGUUGACAGGUGGUUACGACUCCAGAAUUGCUCUGUCCGAUGUUAGAAUUCCAGAUGAGACAAAGAUGUCCAAGUAUUGGUCCGUUGUACCGGGUGAAGACGUAGAAACCGUUACUUUUGCUGAUGAAAACAUCAUGCUGUGUGGUACCGAUUCUGGUAACAUUUACUCAUUCGACAUAAGAAACAAUGAAAACUCCAAACCUGUGUGGACAUUGAAAGCUCACGAUGCCGGAAUCUCUUCGCUAUGUGCCAACAGAUAUAUUCCAGGUUUGAUGAGUACUGGUGCCAUGGGUGAGAAGACCGUCAAGCUUUGGAAGUUUCCAUUGACCAACGAAUCCAACAAGGGCCCCAGUAUGGUUCUCUCGCGUGAUUUCGACGUGGGGAAUGUAUUGUCAGUGUCUUAUGCUGCCGAUAUAGAAGUUGCCGGUAAUAUGGUUGUUGGAGGUGUCAACAAGGGUUUGAAACUAUGGGAUGUAUUCACCAACAGAACCGUUCGUAGAAUGUUUUCAAAUGAAUUGGGUGCAUUGCAACAAAGAGCCCGUGGCGAGGCUAAUCAAUUGGGUAAGAGCUCUAGAAUCGCUAGAAAAUACACCAAGAAUGAUAACCCAGAGACUAUGAUAACGGUGGAUGACCAACGUGAUGAUGAUCCCGAUGAGGAGAAAGAUGACGGGGAUGACUGGGAGAGCAUGAAUUAG